UAUCGUCCAUAAGGGACCAGCUCAAACUAGUUGAGGAAAAAACAAAGCUUGGUUGCCUGGUUGAAUACAGUCAGCUCCCGGACACGCAUAACGUAUUGACCAAACGGCGACAGUGCAUAACAGUCAAAAUGCGGCACAUCCUCUCUGUAACCCUGCUGUUGGUGAUCGUGAUGACAGCAGAUGCAUCAACAAGGAAGAAAGAUAAGGUGAAGGAGCCCAAAAGCGGCGCGGACUGCGCUGAGUGGAAGUACGGCCGGUGUGUGCCCACCAACGGAGACUGUGGCGCCGGCGUGCGCGAGGCCACCUGCAACCAACAGACCAAGAAGCACAAGUGCAAAGUGCCCUGCAACUGGAAGAAGGACUUCGGAGCGGAUUGCAAGUACAAGUUCGGGCGUUGGGCAGAGUGUGACUCCACCACCGGCACCAAGAGCCGCUCGGGCACGCUGAAGAAGGUUCUGUUCAACGCAGACUGCCAGGCCACCAUCAAGGUGUCCAAGCCCUGCGCCCCAAAGACCAAGAGCAAGCCAGCCAAGAAGGGCAAGGGCAAAGAGAACUAAGGGGCAUCUGGUAGGACCACUCCGAUGGAACCCGCACCUCCAUCCUGUCCCCCACACAGAACAAUCCUCUCCUACCUGAAGACCUGACAGAGAUGGGAAGAUCACUUGACAUUCCUCUGGUAAAAGAAGGGAAAGGGUGUUUUUGUGGAAGGAUAAACCUGUGGCAAUUUGACGUUUUUUCCCCUGAAUUUCGGUAGACAUCCACACAUGUAAAUGAUCUCAAUAUAAUUAUAGAAUUGCUGUCUGUGGUUUUACAGAGUAACACCUCUAGGUUCUUAUUAUGUAGGGUUACUUUAAACUUUUACUGUACAUUUGGAGGUUUCGACAAUUUAUCAAGUGCAUUUUUACAAUGAAAAUUGAGAUACUGUAGACGUAACAUUUUAUAGGAAAUAUUGAUGGAUAUUUUCUUCAAUUUAUAAAUAAUUUACUUUUUUUAAAUAAAAAUGAAGAUAAUUGGUCACAUUUGUAUGCAGUAGAGACAGUAUGUGAAAAUAUCUACAUAUCUGAAAUGCUCUGUACAGUCCUAUAAAACCUCACACAUAUGAUGACUUAGUGCUCUGGCCUGUGAAUAAAGGAGUGAGAGGAAAUUGUA